AUGACGAAGGUGGAGAUCGAGGUCGUGGUCGACGUGCCGUACGCAAGCUAUCGCGAGGACAGCCGUGAGACGAUGACAGUCAGAGAGGACCGGUUCUGGGCCUUCACACUGGCAGUGACGUUUGGCUUCUCCGCUGGGUACGUGGAUGCCAACACGAAGCGCCGCUUUGCCACUUUCGGCUCCCUCAUGACGGGUAAUGCCGUCCAGCUUGGAACCGCCGCCGCCGGCGGUGACUGGCACGAGGCCGCUCUCUGUGCGUCGACAUUCGUGGCGUUCGACGUCGGCUUGAUGGUCACGUCGCAUAUAAUCCACUUGGCCACCCGCGAUAGCAGCAGGGAGAGCCUCGUCAGCCCCAAACCGCACGGCAGCAGGGAUGGUGCGGGGCUCGAUCGCCGUGCGCUGCCGGCCGCCGUGCGCUUUUGGGCCGCGGUGCUCAUUUGUGUCGGCCUCGUCAGCUGCGACGCGCUGCAGGCUGUGCUCACGCCGAUCAGCUUUGACCAGAGAUUCGCCGGAGCAUUCGCUGCCUUCGCCAUGGGCGUCCAAAACGUCUGCACGCUCAAGGGCGCCCUGCACCAAAACACGUCACUUCUUGGCGGGAGCAUGCAGCAGCUCGCCUUCGUCACCUACCGGUGGCUCAUCGGAACGGCAAACUCCGAGGAGCUGAACGAGGCGGCCGAGAGCGGUCUGUGGCUCACGCCCCGAAUCCCGCUACAGCUGGCCUUUGCCGACGAGGUCAAGGCAGUGAUGCGCGCGGGCUUUGAGCAUAUGCAGGCGGAGGACGGCGGCGCGGUCUACCUGCGCCUCUCCACGCGCGCCGUCGAGCAGAUGCCGCGAGACCUUGCCGCGGACUCGGCCCUCCACGACGCCAUCGUCCGCGGAGGCUACUGGCACGUGCCGCCGCACGCAGCGACGAAGGUGGUCAUCGCCUUCAGCGGCGUCGUCGCGCCGGAGGCGAUCGCCGCACAGCGCUCGCUCGGCGCGUCGGCGGCGCUGCUGCAGGUCACCUCCUACGACCGCCUCACCAACGAGUGGAAGGAGCGAAGAGGCGGCAGCUACGUCACGGAGCUGCUGGGCGGCAUCCCCCGCGGCGCUCGGCUGGUGACGGUCCUCGACGGACACCCGUCCGCCCUCUCCUGGCUCGGAGGCGUCCACGGCCACCCGGUGACCCCACUGGGCGUGACGGAGUUUGGGCAGACAGGCGAUGUGCUCGAGCUGUACGAGAGGUACGAGAUCGACGAGGCGGCCAUCCUCCGGGCGUGCGAGCAGAUCUGCUGAGGUCUCACCCACCUCCAUCCUCCUGCUCCUCCCCUCCCUCACCCCUGCGCCCUGGCCGCUGCUGUGUAGCGGUGUGUUGCUACUUGCACGAUUACACUUUUGUAGAGAGCGGGAACGCAAUACAUCUUUCACACUUUGUACAUUCCGGUAGAGGC